CUUAUCAUAGAUUAAAUAAGAUUACAUUGCCAGCGUAAUAGAUGGUUAGGAUCUCACACACGUGUGCAAGUGUAUAGGCUCACUGGACAUGGUGGGCUGGAGCGUAAAAAUAGAGCUCUGCAACCCUCAGUCCUCUUUUCUCAACAUGGCUUCUUCUUCUUCUUCUUCUUCUUCUUCAAAAACACCGGCCCCUACCUUAUCAUGUCCUUGAGCCCUACCGUCCUUAAAUACACCCUCUCUCCAAACCCUAGAAACCCUAGAAAUUCUCUCUCAUCCUCUCCCAAAACCGCCACCGCCAUGAAGGAUCUCCCGGCGCGCCACGGCUCUUACUGCGUCCCACAGCGCCGGCUCUCCUCCGUCGUCGUCGCGGCUUCCUCCGCCGCCGCCGUGCCUUCCACCGGUGGCGCCUCGCCGACCCGGUCUGUUGACUUCGACUGGCCUGAUCAACGGGAUGGCCCUGCGUCGGAGCCUCGGAAUGAUCCGUACCCUAUGCUGUUGGAUCAACAGAGCUUGCAGUAUAGCCGAUGGGGGUCUGAUGGUUACUCGGACGACGAUUCUGAUCAUGAAAUGGAGCCUUCAAUGAGCAAGCCUUUUCAGGGUGCAUCCACACUUGAGAACGUUGAUGAGUGGAAGUGGAAGUUAAACGUGCUUAUUCGCAAAAAUGAUGAGCAAGAGAUAGUGUCAAGGGAGAGAAAAGAUAGGCGUGAUUUUGAUAAUCUCGCAGCAUUGGCCACUAAAAUGGGUUUGUAUAGUCAUCACUAUGGAAGGGUUGUUGUUAUUAGUAAGGUCCCACUGCCAAACUACAGAUCUGACCUGGAUGAAAAGCGUCCUCAAAGAGAGGUAAGCAUCCCUGCCAGUUUGUACCGAAGAGUGGAUGAUUUACUUGAAGAACACCUUUCACGAAGGCCUCUUAAUAGGGAAAGUCUUCCGGAUGCCACCUUUUCAAGAUCAAGCAGCAAUGGCAGUAUUGGUGCUGAUGAAGGGCUCUUUGAGCCUCCUGAACCUUAUAGUGUUGUCAUGGAGAAACUUCAACGGCGAAAAAGUUUGCAGCUGCGCGAUCAACAGAUAGAUUGGCAGGAAUCUCCGGAAGGACAAAAAAUGCAAGAAUUUCGCAGAAGUCUGCCUUCUUACAAAGAAAGGGGUGCACUAUUAACAGCCAUUUCACAAAAUCAGGUUGUUGUCAUCUCAGGUGAAACUGGUUGUGGUAAGACAACACAGAUUCCUCAGUAUAUCUUAGAAUCUGAAAUAGAAGCCGUCCGUGGAGCAGUGUGUAGUAUCAUUUGUACUCAACCUAGGCGAAUAUCUGCUAUGGCUGUCUCUGAAAGAGUUGCUGCUGAGAGAGGGGAGAAGUUGGGAGAAUCUGUUGGUUAUAAAGUUCGCCUCGAGGGUGUAAAAGGCAGGGAUACUCGCCUUCUCUUUUGCACCACUGGUGUUUUGUUGAGGAGAUUACUGGUUGAUAGGAAUCUGAAAGGUGUAACUCAUGUUAUUGUGGAUGAAAUCCACGAGCGUGGGAUGAAUGAAGAUUUCUUGCUUAUCGUCCUAAAAGAACUCCUUCCUCGACGGCCCGAACUGAGGCUUGUUUUGAUGAGUGCAACCCUCAAUGCUGAGCUGUUCUCAUCCUACUUUGGUGGAGCUCCAAUGAUACAUAUCCAAGGUUUCACAUAUCCGGUUCAAACUCAUUUUCUGGAGGAUGUUCUGGAAAUUACUGGCUAUAGGUUGACUCCAUACAAUCAAACUGAUGAUUACGGGCAAGAAAAGUCCUGGAAAAUGCAGAAACAAGCUCUCAGAAAGAGAAAGAGCCAAAUUGCUUCUGUUGUUGAGGAUGCACUGGAGGCUGCUGAUUUGAAGGGGUAUAAACAGAAUACUCGGGAGUCUUUGUCCUGUUGGAAUCCUGAUUCCAUUGGUUUUAACCUCAUAGAAGAUGUUUUGUGCCAUAUAUGUAAACAAGAAAGACCUGGUGCUAUUUUGGUAUUUAUGACUGGGUGGGAUGACAUAAGUGCUCUGAAGGAUCAGCUCCAGGCCAAUCCUCUUUUAGGAGAUCCAAGAAAAGUCUUGUUGCUUGCAUGUCAUGGUUCUAUGGCCAGCUCAGAGCAGAGGUUAAUAUUUGAUAAGCCUGAAGAUGGAGUGCGAAAGAUAGUGCUUGCUACCAACAUCGCUGAGACAAGUAUUACUAUUAAUGAUGUGGUUUUUGUCAUUGAUUGCGGAAAGGCAAAAGAGACAUCAUAUGAUGCAUUAAACAAUACCCCUUGUCUGCUUCCUUCAUGGAUCUCUAAGGCUUCUGCUCGACAAAGACAAGGAAGAGCUGGCCGUGUUCGAGCUGGUGAAUGUUACCGUCUCUAUCCCAGAUGUGUUUAUGAUGCAUUCGCGGAAUUCCAACUGCCAGAACUUUUAAGGACACCUUUACAAUCACUUUGCCUGCAAAUUAAGAGUCUACAGCUUGGAAGCAUUUCUGAGUUCUUAUCCAGGGCUUUGCAAUCACCAGAACCAUUAUCAGUUCAAAAUGCUGUUGAGUAUCUGAAAAUAAUUGGGGCUCUGGAUGAGAAGGAAAAUUUGACUGUGCUAGGACGCCUCUUGUCAACACUUCCAGUGGAGCCCAAACUUGGAAAGAUGCUCAUAUUAGGGGCUAUAUUCAAUUGCCUUGAUCCAGUAUUAACUGUUGUUUCUGGUUUGAGUGUGAGAGAUCCAUUUUUAAUGCCAUUAGACAAGAAGGAUCUUGCAGAAUCUGCAAAAUCGCAGUUUUCCGCCCAAGACUAUAGCGACCAUCUUGCGCUGGUCCGAGCCUAUGAGGGUUGGAAAGAAGCUGAAAGGGAGCAAAAUGGAUAUGAUUUCUGCUGGAAGAAUUUCCUCUCCCUGCAAACAUUGAAAGCUAUGGAUUCACUUCGGAAGCAAUUCCUUACUCUGCUCGCGGACACUGGUCUGGUCGAUGACUUCUCUGGCACACACAAUAUGUGGAGCCAUGAUGAACACUUAAUCCGAGCAAUCAUAUGUGCCGGUCUGUAUCCUGGAAUUUCAUCAGUUGUGAAAAAGGAGAAGCCAAUAUCAUUAAAGACAAUGGAGGAUGGUCAGGUCAUGCUUUGCUCUAACUCGGUCAACGCUCGAGAACAAAGAAUUCCAUAUCCGUGGUUAGUUUUCAAUGAGAAGGUGAAAGUGAAUUCUGUGUUCCUUCGAGAUUCAACAGGAGUAUCUGAUUCUGUACUACUACUAUUUGGGGGAGGCAUUUCGCGAGGGGCAUUCGAUGGACAUUUAAAAAUGUUAGGGGGAUAUUUGGAGUUCUUUAUGAGACCGGCUGUAGCUGACAUGUAUCUGAAACUGAAGAGAGAGCUUGAGGAAAUAAUACAAAACAAACUUCUAAAUCCCAAAAUGGACAUCCACGUCAACGAACAGCUCCUGUCUGCCAUGCGUUUGCUUGUUUCAGAGGACCCAUGUGAUGGCAGGUUUGUCUUCGGGCGGCAAGUGCUAAUAAACCGGCAGGUGCGGAGCCGCCCAGAACUAAACCGCCCGGAACUAGGCCAGCCAGAGCUAAGACCCAUGAAACCAUUUGUGAAGUUCUCGAAAAAUGGUGAUGGAAGUGGCGAUGGUCCCGGGGGUGACAACUCCAAGAGCCAGUUGCAAACGCUGCUCACGAGAGCUGGGCAUGAAACACCAAGGUACAACACGAAACAGCUUAUGAACAACCAAUUCCGGACAACGGUCGAGUUCAAUGGGAUGCAGUUCAUUGGGCAACCAUGCCACAACAAGAAGCUCGCUGAGAAGGAUGCAGCAUCUGCUGCACUGCAGUGGCUAACUGGUGGGACCACGCCACGUCAUGAGGACAUAGACAAUAUGUCUAUGAUGCUGAAGAAAAGCAAGAACAAACAGCACAGGAGGUUCUAAAAGCCCAUAUAUAUGUCGGUGCUCAACAGCAACAGGUGAAUUUUAGGAUCAAGCAUUCUUUUGAUGACCGGAAGAAGACUCCAUGCAAAAUUUGUGAAGUGGGUCUGAUCUUUUUGAAGCUGAUGUUAAAGCUUGCCCGACCAUUUGCAGCGUCGGGAAUCCAACUAUCUCAAUAUACAUCUUGUCUUCUUCCAGCCCACCAUAUUGGAGGGUAGAUGCAGCAUGCAUUGCCAACUGAGACUGCAAUUGGGCUCUGAAAUUGGGAAAUGAAAGAUUGCAUCCAUUCUCAGUAUACAAAAAGACUUGACUCGAAUAGGCAUGUGAGGAGACAAAGCAUCACUUGUAUAUUACCAUUGCUGUUAAUAACAUGAUUGUAGGCAGGACUUGUACUUUAAUUCAAUGUGGUUAAAUGAAAUCAUAGUCUAAAUAUAACCA